GGUUAGAGGAACCAGCUCUGGGGAAGGGUCUUGAGUGCGGGCGGGAGAGAGCCUCUGACGGUCCCUGGGAGUGGCAGCUCUCAGGUGUGCCCCUGCCCAGGUGGCCAUAUCUCAAGCUGCCUCCGCUUCCCACCCCCACCGUAGCUAUGUCAUCCUGCUUGGGUCUACGACUAGUUCCACGUCCUUGAGCAUGCGUUAAUCUCUUCAUGCUUCCUUGCCUCAGUUUACCUCGGAGUCAGCUGAGGGAGAAGUCUUCCUUCCUUGUCAGCGUAGCUGAGGGCAACGGUGAUCGCAGAGCCGGAGCCGGGCAGCCGCGCCGCGUCGCACCAUGGCGCCCACCCUGGCCACUGCCCAUCGGCGCCGCUGGUGGAUGGCCUGCACUGCUGUGCUGGAAAACCUCCUCUUCUCGGCAGUCCUCCUGGGCUGGGGUUCACUGCUUAUCAUGCUCAAGUCGGAAGGCUUUUACUCCUACCUGUGUACUGAGCCAGAGAAUGUCACCAAUGGCACAGUGGGAGGCACCGCAGAGCCAGAACAUGAGGAGGUGAGCUGGGUGAAUGGUUGGCUCAGCUGCAAGGCCCAGGAUGAGAUUCUGAAUUUGGCCUUCACCGUGGGCUCCUUCCUGCUCAGCGCCAUCACCCUGCCCCUGGGCAUCAUCAUGGACAAGUAUGGUCCAAGGAAACUCAGGCUGCUGGGCAGUGCCUGCUUUGCUGUCUCCUGCUUGCUGAUUGCAUAUGGAGCAAGUAACCCAAACUCUCUCUCUGUGCUCAUCUUCAUCGCCCUGGCUCUGAAUGGCUUUGGUGGGAUGUGCAUGACUUUCACCUCUUUAACGCUGCCUAACAUGUUUGGUGACCUUCGGUCCACGUUUAUUGCCUUGAUGAUUGGAUCCUAUGCCUCCUCAGCAGUCACCUUUCCAGGAAUCAAGCUCAUCUAUGAUUCUGGUGCCUCCUUCAUCAUCAUCCUGGUGGUCUGGGCCGGCUGCUCCGGGCUGGUUUUCCUCAACUGCUUCUUUAACUGGCCCCUGGAGCCCUUCCCGGGGCCAGAGGACAUGGACUACUCGGUGAAGAUCAAGUUCAGCUGGCUGGGCUUUGACCACAAGAUCACAGGGAAGCAGUUCUACAAGCAGGUGACCACGGUCGGCCGCCGCCUGAGCGUGGGCAGCUCCAUGCGGAGCGCCAAGGAGCAAGCCGCGCUGCAAGAGGGCCACAAGCUGUGCCUGUCCACUGUAGACCUGGAAGUGAAGUGCCAGCCAGAUGCCGCAGCCGCCCCCUCCUUCAUGCACAGCGUGUUCAGCCCCAUCUUGCUGCUCAGCCUGGUCACCAUGUGUGUCACACAGCUGCGGCUCAUCUUCUACAUGGGAGCCAUGAACAGCAUCCUUGAGUUCCUGGUCAGUGGUGACCAGAAGACAGUUGCCCUCUACACCUCCAUCUUCGGUGCGCUCCAGCUGCUCUGCCUGCUGACGGCCCCUGUCAUCGGUUACAUCAUGGACUGGCGGUUAAAGGAAUGUGAAGAUACCUCUGAGGAGCCUGAGGAGAAAGACGCCCCCCAAGGUGAGAAAAAGAAGAAGCGUGACCGGCAGAUCCAAAAGAUCACCAAUGCCAUGCGCGCCUUUGCCUUUACUAACCUGCUGCUCGUGGGCUUUGGGGUGACCUGCCUUAUUCCCAAUCUGCCCCUACAGAUCUUCUCCUUUGUCCUGCACACAAUCGUGCGAGGAUUUAUCCACUCUGCCGUUGGGGGCCUGUAUGCCGCCGUGUACCCCUCUACCCAGUUUGGCAGCCUCACAGGACUUCAGUCUCUGGUCAGCGCACUCUUUGCUCUCCUACAGCAGCCCCUGUUUCUGGCCAUGAUGGGUCCCCUCGAAGGAGACCCUCUAUGGGUGAACGUGGGGCUGCUCAUCAUGAGCAUGCUAGGGUUCUGCCUGCCCCUCUACCUGAUCUGCUACCGGCGCCAGCUGGAGAGGCAGCUGCAGCAGAAGAGGGAAGAUGACAAGCUGUUCUUGAAGAUCAAUGGCUCAUCCAAUCGGGAGGCUUUUGUGUAGCACUACCACCUCAGAACUGGGACCUCUUGUCCAUGCUUCAGUGACUGACUGACAUACUCCUCCCCACCCUAGAGGACCCCACCCCCUCCCCACCAGGAUCAUCUCCUUCACCAUGUUGGAAUGAGUCCACACUUCUUCCCAGGGCCCUGGUACCUGCCUCAGACCUCAGUGGUGGAAGGAUGGGAGAGAGCCCAUGACAGGAGAUUUCCUCUGCUGGAAGCAGGGCUGCCCUGGCCUUGCUCUAAGGGACCCUGAGGCCUUGGGUCUCAUGGUGACUGCAGGAGGAACUAAGGGUACCCUCCAGCAGGCAGGCUUGUUUCCUUGCUCUCUCUCAAGAGUCUGGAUUCUGCCUCUUGCCAAAGUAAAGGGGCCUGACAUCCACUUCCCACCACCUGCCCCUCAGCUGCAUGCCCACUGACCACGCCUGCCUGAGGACAAAGGCUUCACUGUCUGCACCCCUUGCCUGGCCCCUCACCUCCUCCCUUGGCCAGUCUGCAGCUGCCUGAGGAAGGAAGACCCCGCUUCCUGUUGUUGGUGCUAACCCCUUUGUAAUCGCAGCCCCCUGUGGCCUCUCCAUGGCCUGUUCUCUCAUUGGUGGCCUGGAGAGGGGAUGGAGGCCAGGAUGAUCAUACACAAGGCCCCAGGGGUCAUGGGCAAGGCUGAUGGGUCAUCCAUCACUCAUCUCCUCCCUCAGAGUUGGAGGGGAGAACAUUUCCACUGCCACCCUGGGUCCAGUCUGCAACCUGAAGGGAAUUAAAUGGACACCACUAGGUCAGCCUUUCCCCCACUCCACCCCAUAGCUGUUAAUGUGGGGCAGUAGUAAGGCUGUAGCUAGCAGACAUGGAGGUCCAGGCCUAAGAAGGGAAGUAGAUUGGUGAAUGACAGAGGUGUGUGUUCCCAUAGGGUGUGUGUGUAUACAUGUGUGUGAGAUGGUAGUGGGCUCUAAGGUUUGCCCUUAUCCCCACAGACCAGACCAAGAGCCAGCUAGGUCUGCAGCAUUCCUAGGAUAUACCUGAGCAGCCUUUUUUCAUAGCCAGUAGCUUGUCCAUGGCUGUCGGGCCACAGUGCCCCCUGCUGGCAGAUUCCACCAGAGCCUCAGAGCUGUUUACUUGGAAAAGGCCAGUCCAGCCUGGCUCACUACCCCACUCACCUUGACCAUCCCUAGAAAUGUGUCUGAGACCUCCUGGGGUGCCAAGAGGAGUGGGUUGAUUUUUAGGUCUGUAGUUGUUUUCUCAAGUUUUAUCAGACUUAUUUUUAUAAAGCAAUAAACCCAUUUUCCUCCUGGUAAGGGAUGCCCUCCUAGCAUUAUCAGUUGACUGCUGCAUAUGCCUGACUCGAGGUACAGAGGAAAUGGCAGGGUAAGGUAUUCUGCCACUGACUAGCCUCACAAGCUGUACCUUGCUGAUAACCAUCUCCCUGGGUGGCCUGUCUGAGGAAGAACAGUGGGACAGGAAAAAAAUACACCCUACUUUAGAUUUCUUUUUUAAAUUUUACUGCAUAGACGUGUGGGCCUUUCCCUCCCCAGCUGUCUGUCCCAGCCACACUGACUAAUCCUGACCCCUUCUCAUCAUCUACACAGAUUUCCUGUCACUGUUCCACACCCUGAGGGUUCCUCCUAAGUGCAAGUCAGGAUGACCCCAGAAAACUGCAGGCUCAGAGAGCAGCAUCAGGAUAUGGUGGGGGGUGGACGGGAUUAACAGAGAUGAGGAAGACAAGCUCCACAGUCACAAUGAACCACUGAAUCUCCUAGGCUUCAGUCUAAUCAAACAUUAAAAAAAAAAUCCAACCCAGUUGGGUACUAGUAGCUCAUACCUGUAAUCCUAGCUACUCAGGAAGACAGAUGCAGAAGAUCAUGCUCCAAAGCCAGCCAUGGUAGAAAAGCCCAUGAGAAUCCAUUUUCAAGUAACCAGCAAAAUGCUGGACUGGGAACAUAGCUCAAAUGGUAGAGUGCCAGCCACAAGCAAGCAAGUUGAUGGAGCACUCAAUUGUCAGUACUAGCACAUACAUACAAAAAAAAAAAUCACAAUCCAAACAUAAUGAAUUAAGGGUGUAGCUCAGUGAUAGAAUACGUGUUUAGCAUGAGUAAGGCUCUGGGUUUGGUCCCCCAAAAGCACGGAAUUGUCAUUUCCCAAACACUGCCCAGAACACUGGUCUGUGAUGAGUUAAUAGUUAUUCUAGUUAGAAAAGUUUUAUAGUGAAACACA